GGUGUAGCUGAGAAUCCCAUGGUGAAGUCUGUUCUUGAUAAAACCAAACAUUCAGUGGAGACCAUGAUCACAACGCUGGAUCCUGGCAUGGUUCCAUAUAUCAAAACUGGGGGAGAAUUGGACAUAGUGGUUACUUCUAAUAAAGAGGUAAAAGUCGCAGCAAUUCGAGAUGCCUUUCAAGAAGUCUUUGGAAUGGCUGUUGUUACUGGAGAGGCUGCACAGUCUAACAUCGCACCCCAACCUGUGGGCUAUGCUGCAGGUUUAAAAGGAGCCCAAGAAAGGAUAGACAGCUUGCGUCGGACAGGAGUAAUACAUGAAAAACAGCCUGCUGUAUCAGUAGAAAACUUCAUUGAGGAAUUGCUUCCUGACAAGUGGUUUGACAUUGGAUGUCUGAUUAUUGAGGAUCCAAUUCAUGGAAUUCAUCUGGAAGCUUUUACCCAAGCAACACCAGUGCCUUUGCAAUACGUUCAACAGGCUAAGAGUCUCACUCCUCAGGACUACAAUCUGAGAUGGUCAGGCCUGUUGGUGACCGUGGGUGAAGUGCUUGAGAAGAGUAUGCUGAACGUCAACAGGACUGACUGGCACAUGGUAUUCACUGGCAUGUCUCGUCGACAGAUGAUCUACAGUGCAGCUAAGGCUCUAGCAGGUCUGUACAAAAAAAAGGAUAGUCCAUAUUUUUUGGAAAUACCAGUUUGGUGGAACAUCUUGAUCCAGAAUCAGAAACAAAACAGCCAUGAUGACUGCUCAUACAUUUUCCAGAAUGUUCUCCUUUAA